GGAGGGGGCGGGGCUGGGGGCGCUCUGAGGCGCGGGCGGCGCGCGCGGGUCGGUUAAACAGCGGCGGCGGCGGAGCCGAGUGCGUGUGUCGCUGCUCACCGCGCCGGGCCCGCUCCCGCCCCGCCCCGAUACAGCCCCGCGGCGCACACCCGACGGCAAUCAUGAGCGAUCGGAAGGCAGUGAUCAAAAAUGCGGACAUGUCAGAGGAGAUGCAGCAAGAUGCUGUGGAAUGUGCUACUCAGGCCUUGGAGAAAUACAACAUCGAGAAGGACAUCGCUGCUCACAUAAAGAAGGAGUUUGACAAGAAAUACAAUCCCACUUGGCACUGCAUCGUGGGAAGGAACUUUGGCAGCUACGUGACUCAUGAGACCAAGCACUUCAUCUACUUCUACCUCGGCCAAGUUGCUAUUCUUCUUUUCAAGUCUGGUUAGAACCACGGACUGUUACUGAAACUUGCAUCCAGUUACAGGACUCUCUGACUAGUUACUGCAGCCUUCCUGAGGACACAGGCCUUGAUCUUCAAGGGCAAUGGCAGGGAUUGUUAUAGCAGAUGAUGUUACAUUGUGGAUAUAAAAAGGAAAAGUACCAAAAAGUCUUCCUUGUAUUUAUUUUUUUUAGAAGGCUCCUCCUUUGCUAGUAGAGCUGUUGGAGCAGUUUUUCUUUUGAGAGUUCUAUAGCCAUCUACUGUAUUUCCCCAUUACUGCUAGUGCUAUGCAAGUACUGACAGUGUUUAGUUCUUUAUGUUCCAAGCCUCUCUUAUUUUACUUUUUAAAAAUAAUUUUUCCUCUCUUGUUUUGCUGGAUGUGCUGCCCCAAAGCCUGAACUGUUUCUUUUCCUGCUGUCUUUGGAGAAGCGCUUUGGAUAAUAAAAGACAAGAUCUCCAGCCA